UACAUUUGCAUGCAUGAAGUCUUUCCUCUCUUCUAUAUAAGCAGAGGCUAACUUAUCAAUCAUAUCAUCCCACAAUUAAAUAUCUUUCUUCUCUUCUAUUUAGUUUCUUCCUUCCUUUUGCAGUUUUGCUCCUCCUAGUUUCUGGCUUUCAGUGUUUUGAAAUGGCUAACCUGUUUCUCCUGCUGAAUCUGAUAGCCGUAGUAAGUUUUUGCUGUGUUAAUGUGUUAGCUUUUGAGCCAAGUCCAAUGCAAGAUUUCUGUGUGGCCGAUCCUGCUAGCCUAGCCAGGGUAAAUGGCUUAGCUUGCAAAGAUCCCAAGUCAGUUCAAGCGGAGGAUUUUUUCUUCAGUGGUUUGCAUUUGGCUGGCAACACAACAAAUGCUGUUGGCUCUAAAGUCACUCCUGUCAAUGUAGCUCAAGUACCAGGACUGAACACUCUUGGUAUUUCAUUGGUUCGCGUCGACUACGUACCAUGGGGAAUCAACCCUCCUCACACUCACCCUAGAGCUACUGAGAUACUCACUGUCCUUGAAGGUUCUCUUCAAGUUGGUUUUGUUACCUCAAACCCCGAAAAUCGCCUUAUUACUAAGGUACUUAAAAAAGGCGAUGUGUUUGUAUUUCCUAUUGGACUUGUUCACUACCAACGCAACGUUGGAAAUGGAAAUGCUGUUGCAAUUGCAGCAUUGAGUAGCCAGAAUCCUGGUGUUAUAACCAUUGCUAAUGCAGUUUUCGGAUCGGAUCCAGCUAUUGCAACAGAUGUUCUUGCCAAGGCUUUUCAAGUGGAUGAAAGCAUAGCUGCUCUGAUGCAAUCAAAAUUUUAAACAGCAAGUUUAUUUAUGAAAAGACUUAUGGAAGCUUGGAAUCUUUGUUAUUAA